AUUAAACCUUUUGUUUUGUAAUGUUCUCGUUGCUGUCGUCGGCGUGGUUUGCUUAAGUUCCCUAAAUGCUUAACAGGGCAGCAGUCUAGACCAAGUGUACUUGGCCAAACAUAAUGUUCUUUCCAUUUUGGACUACUAGGAACUGAUCAGUUGACUCAACACCCUUUCAUAGUUCAUUUUGGAAGUUCAGUGGCUUAAAGUCACUUUGAUAUCACAGAGAAUGUCCAGUUGUUAUGACAUGGCAUGUGAGCUUGGUACAUGUACAGUGUAGGUGGCCUUUUCGUUAGAGUAAGCAUCUAAUUUUCACCAUCUCUUAUGAAAGAAUCAUGCAAAUAGGCCAGCGGAAUGACCUACCAGAUCAUGAAGCAUAUCUUUUCUUUGAAAAUUGUUGCCUCUUGUGUCUGUGUUACAUGUCUGUGUAUAUUUUUUUCACAUCAAAUGGAGGUUAUUUUUAGACACUUGGGUACAUAUAUAUAAUUAUAUAUUGUCAAUCAAAAAAUUCAGAACCAUUGUCGAGGGCUCUUGGUACCAGAACACACAAGUUGCUCACUGUAAUAAGAGCUCUAUAUUACUGCUUCAAUAAUUUGUUUUCAACACUUAAUUAUUUUGAAUCAUUUAUUUCCAAUAAAUGAUAUAUGUUUGUUUUACUAGGCUUUUCCUUCAUUGAUCGACUGAAGACAGAAAAGAUUAUCAUAGAGCUAAACGGCACCACCAACUACUCAAUCAGCUGUCGCACAACAGAUCCAAAUGCCAAUACAACAUUGCUUCGUGGAAGCCAGGAGAUACUCGUUGGAGGCAGAGUUACACUUGAUAAGCAAGUCUUUACUAUUCAUGGUAUCUCGUUAAGUGAUCGUGGAGUUUACAAGUGUGAGGCCAGGGAUAGCUUGGGCACUGUUGAAAAACAUGAUGCUGUUAUCAUAUAUGAAAUUGUGAAAGAGGUCAUACCAUGCUGUCCAAAAGUGUCGCCAAGGAAAAAAGUUGUGGUUGCCGGUGCAAGUCUCAAUUUCACUUGUGUAGUUGAUCACAUGUCAAAGAGUCUUCCAAAGUACCUGUCAUUCAAGUGGUUUAAGAAUGUAAAUGGCACUUAUCUGAAAAUUCCUGACGAACAAACGCACCGAAAGAAUGGUAGCACUUCAGUACUGAUGAUUAAAAAUGCACAAACUACAUUGCCAAAUGGCAUCUUGUACAAGUGUCAGACGGAUUACAGGGAAACGAUACGCAGUCACUAUUCACGUUUGGUAGUAUUUAGUGGUUUUAGAAAACCAUCAAUCACCUAUUUAAGCCAAUCUGUUGUUGUUAAUGAGCCAAGUAUGAUGAAAGAGAGAUGUGAAGCCAGUGGUUUCCCUGUUCCCAAAAUUACAUGGCUACAAAACGGAAAGCAGAUGCCACUGUGUGUGAACGAUGGAAGUAAUAGAUGUACUGGACAAAAUUAUCAAGUAAUAGAAUCAAGCAGUGACGAGCAUGCUUUCUCUCAAAGUGCUCUUAGUAUUGAGCCCACAAUGUAUCCAAGGGACCAGGGAAACUACACAUGCUUGGCAAGUAGCAGCGAAGGAAGUGUCAAUAUGACCAUGGACGUUUUUGUCCACACUCUGCCUAUUUUGGAUAAGGUCAGAUCUUUUUGGAUAAUAAAUGAAAUUUCUUGCCAAGUGAACAGAUCCAAUCCAUUACCAAAAAUCUCCUGGCAACGUCAGAAUGGCUUGUGUUUGAUCCACAACCCCAAAUGCAUGCCAGACAGUGGCAGUUGGCAAGACAUCUCUAGUAGUGCAAACUUUGUUAUCACUCCUGGUAUUGAUAUUGCAACACUCAAGAGCACUCUUAAAAUACCUAAAGAUGCCCAGUCAGCAUUUUUCAGAUGCGAAGCAAGGAAUGUAAGAGGAGUUGAUUUUCACGUGAUGAGUUUCUUCUCAAGCGGUGAGUUGACAGUGUAGUAUUAUUAUCUACUUAUUAACCGAGAGUGAGGUCUUUAUGGGAAAAUCUCAAACCAAGACCUUGCUGUAUUGACAGAGUGAUAAUGGGUUCUUUACGGUAAGGUGAAUUGGGAACAAUUAA